AUGUUCCACGUCAAGGUCGCCCUCAAGCACAACGAGCCCAGCGACCCGCUCGACGUCCUCGAGGAGACGGAGAAGCUGUUCGUGAAGCAGAAGAUCGAGACCAUGGAGGCCGUCGCCAACGCCGUCGCCGGCGCCGUGGGCCUCGGCGAGUUCGCGGCGCUCGGCGAGACGGCGAACAAGUACGACGCGUACACGAGCAACGGCGGCAGGCAGUUCAAGGUCGUCGAGACGAGCGAGCGCUGCUCCUACGAGGGCUGGGUGCCCACGGGCCGCGCCUGCUGCCGGCCGAACCACAAGCUCCAGCUCCACGUCUACACGCCGGGCAGGACAAGAGAGCGAAAUUCCCAACUUCAAAGGCUCCUUUCUCGGCCGUUUUCCACUCGUUUCGGCUGA